AUGCAGGAUGACCACCACGUGACGCAAGACUUUUACUUCUGCUUUGCAUCCUUCAUCGACUCCUUGAUCGAAGAGGCUAGGCAGCGAGAUGCUCAGCUGCUGCUGCCACAGCACAGCAGCAGCAGCAGCAGCAGCAGCAGCAGCUUCGGUGGAGAUGCCUUCUUCGCUUAUCCUCCCUCGCUGCCUGCAGCCUUAUCUGGAAGGCGCAAGACAGGCAAGCAGCAUUCCUCGCAGCAGCAGCAGCUGCUGCAAGAGGGAAGCUGCCAGCCUACGGCUAAAGACAAGGAAGAGCUAACACUCUCUUUUCUCGUCUGCCAGUCCGUGCGGCUACACCUCAAGGUGCUGCAGCAGCAGCAGGAGAUCUGCUUGCACGUGCAGCAACAGCAGCAGCAGCAGCAGCAGCAUUUUCCAAGCUGGAAGCUGGAGAGACAGCACCUGCAGUGGCACGGGCAGCAGCAGCAGAAGCGGCGACAUCAUCAGCAGCAACUCCUCCGACAACACGCAAGCCUUCACUGUCUGCUUGCCUUAGCCUUCUCAUACACCACUCCCAACACGUUUGUAGGACCACGUCUGCAAAUAUCUGUUGCGACGGCAACA